AUGCCACUUUCAAAUCGUCGGCGUGCGCGCCGCAAGGAGAUUCAACUGCAGGAAACUUCCGAUGCUGAGGCACCCGACUCGUCGCCCAGUCGUCCGUCUGCAAAGAAGCGCAAGGUUGAACGUCGCGCAUCACCUUCUCGAGCGACUGUCAAAGCGGCGCCUGAGUCGGACGAAGAAGAAGAGUCCGCCGGUGAACAUGAUACAUCAACACAUCAAGAUGUCGUCGAUCUUGUGAUUUCAUACCUCAACACCCCGCGCGAAGAACUGCGCGUCACACGCGAUCACUCCAAUACGAAAACCGAGAACAAACAGAGUAUCCAAGCAUAUGCGAAAAUCGCCGGCCGCGACUGGACAUAUUACGUCAAGUCACUGCAUGUCAACAUCGGUCGCGAACCGGACCGAGAGCCUCGCUCCGCCGAACAGUCGAGUCCGGUUACUAUUGCCGCCCGUGCGCUGCCUGAUGUCGAUGUGGAUUUGGGUCCUAGCAAGUUCGUUUCUCGACUACAUGCGGAGAUAUUUUAUGAUGGGAAGCAAGCGCCGGCCUGGCAUAUUCGGGUGAAUGGUCGCAACGGUGUUCGGUUGAAUAACUCGAUUAUCAAGCGCGGUGUCGACGCUAUUCUGUCUUGUGGAGAUAUUAUCGAGGUCGCUAACACUCAAAUGAUGUUUGUUACACCCGGAGACGUCCCGAAUAUUCACCCCAGUUUUGUGGAGCGUGCUCAGCGCAUCGCGAGUGGACAAGAGCCGGACCAGGCUUCCGUUGCUUGGGAUGCGUCGCAACAUGCUCAUCCUCCGACCUCUCAGGCUACUGACCCAUCGCGCCCUUCUUCAUCUGGUGGGCCUGCGCUGGCGCCUGCUCCGAACUUCCUCAAGCGCAAUGUUACGCCACCUCCACGAAGUCCGGAUACAGCUGGCCAACGCACAGCAAAGCAAUCCCCGCUUUAUAAUCGCGGUAUGAUGAUGGAGAGCACGGAAGAGAUUGACUACGCUCAAGAUUCGGCUAAGGAUCUGAAACCGCCAUACAGUUAUGCGACACUGAUUGCGCAGGCUAUCUUCUCCAGCGAAGAGGAGAAGCUUACUUUAAAUAGCAUUUACAACUGGAUCAUGGAGCGUUACGCUUUCUACCGGCACUCUCAGAGCGGUUGGCAAAACUCUAUUCGACACAAUCUCUCUUUGAACAAGGCUUUCCAGAAAGUGCCUCGUCGGACUGAUGAGCCGGGUAAGGGAAUGAAAUGGCAGAUCGCUGCGGAAUACCGAGAGGAAUAUCGGAAGAAACAAACACGGAAGGGUACCCAGUCCUCUGCUCCCUCGUCACCCGCAACCAAGGAGCCUCCAUCAUCAGCACGUGCAGCCCAUAUCGCAUCAAUUGAUACUUCAUUCCCCGCCACAGCCAAGAAGUCUCCACCCGUCUCCUCACCUGGCUUCAGUUCCUUCCCCGUUGCGCCCGUAGAGGCUUUUACUCCGGAGCGUGGAUCCCGCCUUGGUCGUGGAGUUGGCUCCGACCAUCCACUCCGCCAUAUGAAUCCGCGUGGAUACGAGGAACCCUCCCCACUACCCGCUCGCACUCGCAACAGCGCCAGCUCAACCCAAGCACAGAACGGUAGCAGCACCAACCCAAGCCAUGCCUACGGAAUGUCGGACAAUGUCGCCGGCUCCCCACCCGUACUCUCCUCCUCAUACUACGACGAAGGCCCUUCAUCAAUGAUCACCCCAGCUCCCCAACGUCAACAACCUCGCCUGCCUCCUCCCAGCACGGCACAGAUCCCAUCAAAGUUCAUGCCUAUGAGCUCACCCGCCCAGUUUUGGAAAUUCGCCGAUAUUGGCAGCACGCCUGCCCGUCCGGUACCAGAUAUGAGUCCUAUCAAGGGUGAACCGGAUGAACGUAUCAUCGGUGGUUUCCCAAGUAGUAGUCCCCCGCCACCAAACUUGGUCAGUCCAAGUAAACCGGGCACAUCGAAUGGACUUGGUUCAAGCAGGACAUUACCCCCGCUACAGUCUGAUGGAGGGGACCUAGGCCCGCCCCCUUCACGGAAAGAAGAGGAGGAAGAGGAAGACGAUAAUGGUUUUGACCUUGCUCGCGGCUUCCAACCAAUUGGCUCAUAUCAUCGACAAUUGAGUAAUGCCCGCGCUACGGCAACUUAG